GAACUAGCACUAAAAGUGACGUUAGGAUAUAAAAGUUAUCCUGUACAAGCUUUUGUGCUGAAUACAUUACGUUGUUACAGGUGUCAAGGUUAUGGGCAUGUGGCAGCAGUGUUUUGGAGGGAGGUUCCUGGGUGUGAGAAGUGUGCAGAAGGGCAUGAGACAAAGGAAUGUGUAGCAUUGGGGAAAGUAGUGGUAUGUGUUAAUUGUAGGGGUUCCCAUGGGGCUGGGGAUCAGAAAUGUCCCGUGCGAGAGAGGCAGGUUGAGGUUUCCAGGGUUAGGGUAGUGCAGAAGUUGUCAUAUGCUGAGGCAGUGAAGAAAGUAGAGUAAGACGGGUCAAGGGGGACGAAUUCUGGGAGGAGCGGUGUGAGUAGUAGAUUUGUACCAGUACAGAGGUGUUAAACCAACAAGUGAUAUAUUUUUCGGUAAGAUUGGAUUUUUGUCAUUUAUAGCAAUGGUUAUCAACUGUACUAUAGGAAUGGAAUGUAGGUAGCUGAAAACUGAGGUUCUAGUGGCAGCUGCAGAGAAGUAUUUGUGUGUGCGAGACUUGACAUCAAAAGAGUUACAGGGUGUGUUAAGUGGUGGUGUCCCAUCCUUUCAGGUUGUUGGCCUGAGAUAGCACUAAAUAGAUUUAAAUAGUGGAGUAGGGUGGUAUAUUUGUGAGUGUAGAUAGUCGCGUAUUUGUUUAUUUUUCCAAGCGAAGUAUUAACGAGUUGUACUCCAGUCUAGUUGGUGGCGGUAAUGCAACAUGCAUCGGAUGCCAACUGCCGCUAAAACCUCAGAAGAAGAAGGAGCACUAGAACUGUGCUAUGAAGACGAUAGCUUUUGUGUCCGUUUCAAAUGUAUUACUACAGGCCGACUCAGAUUAAGUCUGAGGCCGGUAACAUCAACAGUGAGGACAAACCCAGCUUGCCACUCUCCUUCCACACUGAGUAGAAACCUACAGUCACUGGGUCCUGAUUGUGACAGUGGAGCCCAGUUUGCACCGCAGGAUCCAGAGAUGGCAUCAGUGAAGCUGGAGGACUGCAGUCAAACACUGGAGCGGAAUGUCAACAUUAAAGAUGAAGAAGAAGAGGAGGAGAAGAUUAGGACAACUGUUAGUCAUGGAUACCAUGUUGAGACAUUCUCUACAUCCAGAGAUCAACAGCAGGAAGAUCAGAGAGAUAAGAAGUCUCAUCACUGCCCACAUUGUGAAGAGAUUUUCCCAUUUCUAUCAAAGCUAAAAAUACACCUAAAAAUACACACCGGAGAGAAGCCUUACUCCUGCUCUGACUGUGGAAAAUGUUUCAAAACAUCAACUCAGCUAAAACUUCAUCAGAGAACACACACAGGAGAGAAGCCUUAUUACUGCUCUGACUGUGGAAAACGUUUUAAAACAUCAACUCAGCUAAAAGUUCAUCAGAGAACACACACAGGAGAGAAGCCUUAUUACUGCUCUGACUGUGGGGCAAGUUUCUCUCAUCUGGGCACCUUACAAGCACACCAACGUAUACACACAGGAGAGAAGCCUUAUUACUGUUCUGACUGUGGAACUAGUUUCUCUCAAUUUUCCCACUUAAAAACACAUGAACGUGUACAUACAGGAGAGAAACCUUACGUCUGCUCUGAAUGUGGAAAAUGCUUCACAACAUCAAGUGAUCUAAAAGUUCAUCAGAGAACACACACAGGAGCGAAGCCUUAUUCUUGCUCUGACUGUGGAAAAUGUUUUAAAACAUCAAAUGUACUGAAAGUUCAUCAGAGAACACACACGGGAGAGAAGCCUUACGUCUGCUCUGACUGUGGAAAGAGUUUCUCCCAAUUUUAUACCUUAAAAACACAUGAACGUAUACAUACAGGAGAGAAGCCUUACUCCUGCUCUGACUGUGUAAAAUAUUUCAAAACGUCAACUGAGCUAAAAGUUCAUCAGAGAACACACACAGGAGAGAAGCCGUAUUACUGCUCUGACUGUGGAAAAUGUUUAAAAACAUUAAAUGAGCUAAAAGUUCAUCAGAGAACACACACAGGAGAGAAGCCUUACGUCUGCUUUGACUGUGGAACUAGUUUUUCUCAACUUUCCCAUUUAAAAUCACAUGAACGUAUACAUACAGGGGAGAAGCCAUACUCCUGCUCUGACUGUGGAAAAUGUUUUAAAACAUUAUAUGAGCUAAAAGUUCAUCAGAGAACACACACAGGAGAGAAGCCUUACGUCUGCUCUGACUGUGGAAAAUGCUUCACAACAUCAACUGAUCUAAAAGUUCAUCAGAGAACACACUCAGGAGAGAAGCCUUACGUCUGCUCUGACUGUGGAACUAGUUUCUCGCAACUUUCCCACUUAAAAUCACAUGAUCGUAUACAUACAGGGGAGAAGCCAUACUCCUGCGCUGACUGUGGAAAAUGCUUCAAAACAUCAACUGUGCUAACAGUUCAUCACAGAACACACACAGGAGAGAAGCCUUAUUACUGCUCUGACUGUGUAAAAUGCUUCACAACAUCAGCUAAGCUAAAACUUCAUCAGAGAACACACACAGGAGAAAAGCCUUACUCCUGUUCUGACUGUGGUGUGAGUUUCUCUCGGCUUGAUACCUUAAAAACACACCAACAGAUACAUAAAGGAGAGAAGCCAUACUCCUGCUCUGCCUGUGUAAAAUGCUUCAAAACAGCAACUGAGCUAAUAGUUCAUCAGGGAACACACGCAUGAGAGAUGCCGGCUUACGUCUGUUCUGACUUUUGGGUGAGUUUUUCUCACCAUAGCAACUUAACACACCAAUGUAUACACACAGGAGAGAAGCCUUACUCCUGCUCUGUGGAAUGGUGGGCGUGUAACUCAAACUUCUAGCCAAAGUUUGCGUGUUUGAAUCUCAUCAAGGAGGACUUUAGCAUUUUAGCUAAUUAGCAACUUUGCAACUACCUACUACUUUUAGCUAUUACUUAGCAUGUUAGCUUAGCAUGCAACUACUUAGCAUGUUAGCUAACCUUUCCCCGAAACCCAUUUAACUCUACCUUAAACCCCUCACCCCUAACCUAAGUAACGUUAGCAACAACAAAUUGGAAUUCGUAACAUAUCAUACAUUUUACAAGUUCGCAACAUAUUGUAUGAAUAGCAAUGCGUAAAAUAAAAUACGAAUUGUAAUUCGUAACAUACGAUACGUCCUACAAGUCGUAUUAUACUAAACAGCAAUUUACAGUUCGUAUAAGGAUAUCAGUCAAUUGAAAUAAAUGUGGCCCUAAUCUAUGGAUUUCACAUGACUGGGCAGGGGCUCGCCAUGGGUGGGACUUGGGAGCCAGGCCCAGCCAAUUAGCAUGAGUUUUCCCCCACAAAAGGUCUUUAUUACAGACAGAAAUACUACUCAGCCCCCCCCCCCCCCCCCCCUCCCCUCUCCAGACAAUCCUGCAGGUGAAGAAGUCUUGGGCUGCCGUGGUUACAUGUGAUCUGCAGUUGUGAGGCCGGUUGGAUAUACUGCCAAAUUCUCUAAAAGGACGUUAGAGGUGACUUAUGGUAGAGAUAUAAAUAUUGAGUUCUCUGGCAACAGCUCUGGUGGAUAUUCCUGCAGUCAUCAUGACAAUUGCACAUUCCCUGAACUUGAGACAUCUGUGACAUUGUGUUGUGUGGCCUUUUAUUGUCCCCCAGCACAAGGUGCACCUGUGUAAUGAUAAUGCUGUUUUAUCAGCAUCUUGAUAUGCCACACCUGUCAGGUGGAUGGAUUAUCUUGACAAAGGCUGAAAUGCUCAUUAACAGGGAUAUAAACAAAGUUGUGCACAACAUUUGAGAGACAUUAGCUUUUUGUGCAUAUGGAACAUUGCUGGAUUUUUUUAUUUCAGCUCAUGAAACCAACACUUUAGAUGUUUGGUUUAUAUUGGUAGUCCAAUGUAAUGUAACCAAACAUACUAAAUGGAGUGGCACUGAUGCUUUUUGUAUAAUAUAAUAUGUUUUGCUCUGGGACCACGUUGUCCCUCUGCAGUAUUCUGUGGGAAAGAGCUAGUAUACACUCUUUUUAUUGAACCUUUAUUUAACUAGGCAAGUUAGUUAAGAACCAAUUCUUAUUUACAAUGAUGGCCUAGGAACAGUGGGUUAACUGCCUUGUUCAGAGGCAAAACAACAGAUUUUUACCUUGUCACCUCGGGGAUUUGAUCAAGCAACCUUUUGGUUACUGGCCCAAUGCUCUAACCACUAGGCUACCUUACGCCCCUAACAUGUAUCAGAUAGAGAUGGUGUGAUGAUCACUUUUCACCACUAGUUUGGGGGGAUUGUUUUACAACUUUAUUUAAUGAGACACAGUUUAUGAAAUGAAUACAUGUGUUUAUUAAUUUUCUUUAAAACUAGAUGAGUUAUUUUAGUUACUGAUCAUGAAUGUGUUUGGAUAACUGCAUUGAAGCAAACUUUAUUGAUCUGCUAAUGAAAAAUAAAGUUACAUGAAUAUGUA